AUGGCGAUGACCAAGCCGCGCAAGAAACGCCCCGCCAAAGCUGCUGCUGAGGCAUUCGGCAUCGCCGAGAUCCUUGAGAUGAUUCUGCUCGAGCUGGCCAAAGACCUUCAGCAGAACACGAAGCCGCGGAAGAAGCUUGAACCUGCGAACACGUUGGCGAAGCUUCGACGCGUCAACUCAUUCUUCAAGGACUGCAUCGAUGGAUCUACCCAACUCCAGACAGCACUCCAGCUCUCCACCUACGGAAAGCGCGACGUGCUCGCGCCAUUGGACUGGUUGUUCAAGAAGCAGCUUGGCAUCACCAUCUCUUUCAGAGGCUUAGACGAGGGCUCGCGUCGCAGCAAGUUCAAGUUGCGCGAGGUUGAUCUGAACCGAAACAGUAUGGAUCGGAAGCCACUGCGUGACUUCGUCCAGGCGAAGAACAAGAAGAGCGCCAUGUGGCGCAAGAUCCGCAUCGCACGACCAGAAGAUAAUCUGCGAAAGAUCACCAUCGAUACUACUUUCCGCCUUGGAGGUCUAAGCAGCGGUGUGCUCCGAUUGGAACGGACAGUGUACCCCAAAGUCUUCGAAUUCAGUGCCGAUGACACACUAGGUUCAGUCUUCGAACUUUUCCGAGACAACGUGCUCAAAGCACACAGAGAGGAUCGGAAGAGUUUCAAGCCCCCGAAAAACUUCCUUGUGAUGGGCUCUUACAAUGAUUGGCAAGCAGGUGAAGAAGAUCUGCGUUGGCUAGAAGACCCAAAACAAUGA